AUGCUUUUCUUGCAAAACGAAGUGCUUUUGGCGAGUUUGGUCCAACUGGUUUUGCAUCAUGAGAACGAAAGAGGUAGAGCUGCUCAAGACCAACAAGCAAGGAGAGGAGACGAUCAUGAUCAAGCCGAACCACACCCACACCCUCUCCAAAGAGCCCUGGACUUCAAUGUCAUCGAUCAUAAGGCAGAACGGGAUCUCAUAGAACUCAGUCAACAGCGGAGGGAACGAGCGGGGAGCAACUACAGCGUCAUGUCUUCUGGUGGAAAGGAUGGUUUCAAUUUUGCGGAUAGUGUGGCAGAUGAAGACGACUUCAUAUCGACAGGAAGCGAGCACAUAGGGAUGCGGUCACAUAGGACGGCGAUUGCUUAUGGGCAUUGUAAUUUAGAGUUUUGGGUUCAUUUUGGAAUUCGAUCCCAGGUCAGAGUCUAAAUAUCUAGACCUUGCAGAAACUACAGGCUCUUCGUUUCAACUUAGACUAUAAUUAGCCAUCGAUCCUGGUCCCGGUAGCGGUACAAUUACCUUGCUAUACAAGAACCCGCGGCCCUUCUAAGUAUCCUCCCUCGCAAGAGCCAUCCGGACACGAAAAGCGGAAAUCUAUCCGCGAACGGAAUCUUUACGCUCUUCGAUUUUACAGUGUGCUGACGGCGAACUCAUGGCGAGCGAGCUGAAUUCCUUGAUGUCCCGUUUCUGUGAUUUGUUCGAGAAACAUACAGCCGCACGUGGAAUGGCGUUCGAUGCCGGGACUUUUGGGAAAGAACUGGGAUUGAUUUAUGCUGGUACUAGGAGAAAUAACAACAGCGAUGAUGCUAUAUUGGGAAGGCCUGCACAUCAGCAAGGAGCGUCUGCAGUGCCUGUUAGACAGAGCAAUGGCGCCCACAGCGAUAGGAGUACUGACCAUGAGUACUCGAUGAAUCUGAGCCCGAUUCUUGUUCAUUCCUCCAAUCAGAAAUUAGAGCAGCAGCACCAGCAACCAUCGCAACUUCUACCACCUCUAGGAGUCCUACAACCGCAGAAUGUGAAUGACCAACUCGUUGUUCAGCAUGCUUACAAUACCCAAAUACAACAACAGCACCAGCAGUUGAACUAUAACAGCAUGAACAACAGUUACAUUAGCAGAGAGCACUCUCGUCACUCACACGCACAGGCGCAAGUACAACCUCAACAGCUAGUACAACUACUAGACUAUACUCACUCAGCUCAAGAACAAAUGGCAGGAGGUGCAGGUGCUCCGGUUCCUCAACAACGAAUGCAACAGCAUCAGAGCAAUGCACAGCCUCCCACUACCAUGAGUAUGUAUGCUCCAGGAGCACCUGGCGGCCGAAUAAUGAUGCCGGCUGUUGAGCAACCACAAAACCUAGCUCGCAGACCUAGCAUUCCCGCUGUUGGAGGUGGAGUAGCGAUGUCAAGGACAAC